AGUGCAAAAGUGAUAGAUAUAUGUUAACGAUAAAAUAAUAGUAUUUGUUUGAAGUGUUGAUAUUUUAAGUAUUUCACGCCUAUUAAACAUGUAGAUGUCCAUAAAUGAUCAACUGAUAGUAAACCAUUUUAAUUUUAUGUGCGUCCUCAUGAAGUAGAAUGUGAUUUAAAAAGAAGUUUUGAGAAAAUUAAAGUGAAUUUAAAAAAAGAAGUAAAAGUGUUUAAAAGAAGUAAAAUUUUGUGUUUUAAAAAAUGCUGAGAUAUCUACAGAAGGAGAAAGCAAGUGGCGAUGAUGGCGCCAACCAAGACGAUGGAAGUGGCAGCAGUACUUUGGUGGCUGACAAACGUAAAAAAAGAAAAAUCAAGGAGGACUGGUUAACAAAUCCAGACAUCAAUUCAUGGGCUGAAAAGCGGGACAGCAAGGUAUUUUGUAAAAUUUGCAAUGUGGAGUUGAAGGUAUCAUCGGGAAAGUCCGAUUUAAUGGCUCAUUUGCAUUCCAAAAAACAUCAAGAUGCUGCCAAUGCUACCCAACAAACUAAAAUAAACGAAGUUUUCAACAUAGACUACUCCCCAAAAAAAGUUGCAGAAAUAAAAUUGGCAUUAUUUAUAGUUGAGCACAAUUUGCCAUUUGCGGUUUCCGAUCACCUUACUAAGGUAUGUCACAAUUCAUUUAAAGAUUCCAAUACUGCAGCUAGCAUUACUCUUGGACGAACAAAAGCAAAUGCUAUAAUAAAAAAUAUUGUAGGAGCUAAACAGUUUCAAGACGUAACUAAUCUUUUAAAAACAAAUUCAUUUUCUUUGUGCGUUGACGAGUCAACGGAUUUAACAAAUGUUAAGUCUUUGUGUUUAGUUGUUCGCUUGUGUAUCAAUUUUGAAAUAAGGGAUUUCUUUUAUGGACUCCUCACAGUUGAGCAUGCUGACGCUAAUAGUUUAUACCAACUUAUAGUUAAUCAUUUUAAUAAAAAUGGUGUUAAUUAUAAAAAGAAUAUGAUAGGGUUUGCCGCGGAUGGGGCAGCAGUGAUGACGGGCAGAAAUAAAUCUGUGGCACAACUUUUGAAAAAUGAAAAUAAUGAUUUAUUUAUAAUAAAAUGUGUAUGCCAUUCCCUGGCAUUGUGCUCAUCCUAUGCUUGCCUUAAGCUUCCAUCUAGCGUGGAAACCUUAGCUAGAAGUAUUUAUAAUUAUAUAUCAAACAGUCCAAAAAGAAACAACCAAUUUCAAAAUAUUUUAUCCUUACUGGACAUAAAACCAAAAAAAAUACUACACCCUUGUCAAACACGUUGGUUAUCUUUGGAAGUUGUUGUCAUAAGAUUAAUCGAACUUUAUGAGCCUUUAAAAAUAUAUUUUGCUUUUGCUGUAAAUAUAGAUAAAAUUGACACAGCUCAAUAUAUUUUAGAUAAUUUAAAUUUUGAAAAUAAAAUAUAUCUAUGUUUCUUAAAAUAUAUUUUAGGCAUCAUUAAUAAUAUUAAUAAAAUGUUUCAAAGUGAAACAACUGAGAUACAAAAUUUAUAUGAUCAAAUGCAAAAAUUGUUAAAAACUGUUCUAAGUAAUUUUAUAAAACUAGAUCUAUUAAAAAAUGAUAAAUUCUAUUUACUUAAUUAUAAAGACGAACAAAAUAUAUUAGAUUAUAAUGAGGUUUACUUAGGAGUAUAUGCGCGAGAAGAAUUGCUGGCGUCGGGAUUAGAAGAAACUGAAAAGCAUAAAAUCGUUCAUAAUUGUAUUAAUUUCUAUGUAGAACUUUGUGAUCAAAUAUUGGUUCGUUUUGAUUUUGGAGAAAAGUUUCAAGCUUUAAGUUUAAUAAAUCCUUAUUAUUAUAAGUAA